GUCAUCACUGCAGCUCCGAAAAAAUGGAGAAACUGAUAGUUAUUGUUGGCAUCACAGGAACCCAGGGCUAUUCCGUAGCCCAAACUUUCCUCUCAACCCCUGGCUGGCGCGUCCGAGGCACAACUCGCAACCUCUCUUCCCCUGCAUCCCAAUCCCUCAUCUCUCAAGGCGUAGAAAUGGUUCUCGCCGACUUAAACUCCUGCCCGAGCCUAAUCACAGCCUUCCACUCCGCCUCCGUAAUCUUCGGGCUCACCGACUUCUGGGGCCCUUUCCUCUCCCCUUCGAGCCAAGAUAUCGCAGAGAAAACGGGCCAGACAACGAAUGAGGUAGCGUUUGACAUCGAAAUCUCCCACGGCAUCCAUAUCGCCGAAGCCGCGGCCCAGAUCCCCUCGCUAGAGCGCUUCGUGUAUAGUAGUCUCGCGGAUGUUAAGAAGUGGAGCCAGGGGAAGUAUACUUGGGUUUAUCAUUUUGAUUCAAAGGCCAAGGUUGUGGACUAUGUGAGGAAAUAUUUGCCGGAUCUAGCGAAGAAAAUGAGUUGUUUGCAGAUUGGGGAGUAUAUGACGAAUUGGAAUAAAACUGUCUCCCUCGGCCAGAAAAAACUUCCCGACGGUUCUUUUGUGCUUCGCAAACCGCAUUCAGGAGACGCUCCGAUACCUAUGAUGUGGGUUGAGCGGGAUGCUGGGAAAUUCGUCAAAGCGCUGGUUGAUUCUCCUCCUGGCCAGACGAUGCUGGGGUUUGGAAGCCUGAUUGGAUGGAAAGAUUACAUUGGGACCUGGGGGAAGAUGUUGGGUGUUGGGGUGAAGUUUGAACAGAUUCCACCAGCAGAGUAUCUGGCUGAUCUCCCAGAAAACCUGGAGAGAGAGAUUAGGGAAGGCCAUCUCUUUCAUGGGGAAUUUGGCUGGGAUGGUGGGGAUCCGGAUGUGAAGCAUCCCAAAGACUUUGGAGUGGAAGGUACGCCAAUUGAGGAGUACAUUCGCCGUGAAGAUUGGAGCCCAAUGCUGGAGGGCAAGUGGAAGGCGAAUGCGUGAAAGUUGCUGGAGACCAAAUGUUACAAAGGUAUACGGAAGGACCUAAAGAGGGUAUCUGAAACCAACGCACAAAUUAUUUCAAGCAUAGCACGGCCCUUUCUCCGAAAGAUUUUAGAACCGAGCCUUCCUCUUUGAUCAUGUUGUUAAGAAAAGUCCGAGCCCCUUCAACCUCCCUGCUAGCAAAUUUGACGAGAACGAAUCCACGAACAUUCGC